UCGCACACGCCCAGAUGUGCAGUUGAAAAUUUAUAUAUAGCUGAAAUAGAAUAUAGUAUAUCCCCAUGGCGAAUAUCUGGGCGCGGUUCCUGGUCGGAGGCCUAACUAUCCUGCUGGCCGUUGGCUACAAGAACUAUCGGGAUCUUUCUGCGCCAGGAAAGAGGCCCGAUCUGGAUAAUAAUGCUUACUGGGGUCCGGCGUUAAAGGAACCCUAUCGUGAGAACAAGGCCAUCCUGCCCUUCGAUAUCAGCGUGAAACCCGAGAUAAUUGAGGAUCUGAAGAGCCAACUAAGUCGUCCCUUGAAGGCCCAGGAGCCGCUGGAAGGCGUGGCCUUUCAGUACGGCUUCAAUGCCAAGGAACUGGCCAAAGUGGUGAAAUACUGGCGUGAUAACUAUCUGGCCAAGUGGAGCGAACGCGAGCAGUUCCUCAAGAAGCUGGAUCACUACCAAACUGAGAUUCAGGGUUUGAAAAUUCACUUUAUUCAUGCCAAGCCGAGCCAGGUGAAAGGCCAGAAGCCCAAGAAGGUUCUGCCUCUGCUCCUGAUGCACGGAUGGCCAGGAACCGUUCGCGAAUUCUACGACUUCAUCCCCCUGCUGACCACGCCCAGUGAUAAGAGCGACUACGUCUUCGAGGUGAUUGCACCCAGUCUGCCGGGCUACGGAUGGUCUCAGGGCUCUUCAAAAACUGGAUUCGGAGUGGCCCAGGUGGCCGUGGUGAUGCGCAACCUGAUGCUACGAGUGGGAUUCGAGAAGUUCCUGGUGCAGGGCGGCGAUUGGGGCUCGAUAAUCGGAUCCAAUGUGGCCUCACUUUUCCCCGAAAACGUACUGGGCUACCAUUCAAACAUGUGCGGCAACAACAGUCCGCUGGGUCAAUUUAAGACCCUGUUGGCCUCGUUCUUCCCCAGCUAUUUUGUGGACAGCCAGUAUGCCGAGUUCUACAAGGGAUUGGGCGGCCUUUUCAGCACCAUUUUGGAGGAAAUGGGAUAUGCGCACAUACAGGCUUCCAAGCCAGACACUAUUGGAAAUGCCCUGAUCGACAAUCCAACUGGACUGGCCAGCUACAUUCUGGAGAAGUUCUCCACGUGGACGAACCCUUCGUUUAGAUCGCUUCCCGAUGGCGGACUUACCAAGAGAUUCACCUACGAUCAGCUUUUGGACAAUGUAAUGAUCUAUUACGUGACCAAUUCCAUUACAACCUCCAUGCGCCUGUACUCGGAGUCCAUGGUCACGUCGCAGAUUGGCUUGAAUGUGGAUUCCCUGCCCAUCCAGGCCAAGGCUGGAUGCACCCGUUUCGCCCACGAGAUCGUCCACUCCCCUGACUCCGUUUUGGCCAACAAGUUCCCCAAUCUGGUGCACAGUACCCACCACUCGGAUGGCGGUCACUUCCCUGCUUUCGAGCUGCCCCAGACGUUGUACGAUGACUUUGUGAGCUUUGUCAAGAAGGCUGAGUUCUCCUAAGGGAGCUGUUUUUUUACUAGUCUUAAGAAUGCAUUGUAUAUUUCCAUUUUGUGCUUCAAAGGAACAGCAAUGUCUGUUGCGAAAAUUAAAACAAAUCGGUUGGUGAUUGUGUUUGCCUUAUCUGCUUUGAAAAAAGAAAGCU